UCACUACCGUAUUGUGGUAAGGUGUGUGUUUGUGUGUGUACUAUACGAUACAAACCGUCGUUCUUCGAUAUGGCUCUGGUAUAUCGCUCAGAAAGUGACACAGAUUUAAGACAAGGGGGAUGUCGGCUGCUCUACAUUUUCAUCCUCAUCGUUUCUUUAUCAGUGGUCGUAGGAGUACCGGAUGAUCCGUUUCAAUGUAGAGAACACUCAAAAGGAUCGACCUUGUCCAGAUCUUACAACGGUGUCUGCAUUACUUUUGUCAGCGCCAGGAAAUCGUGGGAUGAUGCGAACCGGGAUUGUAGAAACCAAGGAGGACUACUAGUCAAAAUCACAGACCAGCACAUGCAGGAUUUUGUAUUUGGAGUGUUAACGUCUGAGCACUGGAGUGACACGGGGAUUUGGAUUGGUGCCACCGACCAUGAUAGCGAAGGACGGUGGAUGUGGAGUGAUGAUACCAAUAUUACGUAUUCAAACUGGCACCCAGGCGAGGGACCGGGACACGGCUUCCUGUUCUCCACGGCUGGCCUGGAGGACUGUGCCAUGAUUCGUGUUGAUGACAAUGGGCGUUGGCAUGACUACAGCUGUGGAACGUCCCUGUUCCAUCAUUCCUAUAUGUGUCAAUACGAACCCUGUUCCACAUUGCAUCCCAACGCGUCCCACGUACAAUUCUCCAGAAAUUCCUGUCUCAGUUUUGUCAAAGAUGGCAAGUCUUGGAUUGACGCUAACGUUGAGUGUAUCGGUCAAGGUGGAGAGUUGCUACAGAUACACAAUCAACCAGAACAGGACUUUAUUUACGAGCGUCUGAGGUCCCUACAUUGGAGUGACUCGGGAGCGUGGAUAGGGGCUACAGACCGUAGAAGUGAGGGACACUGGAAAUGGAGUGACGACUCGCCCGUUGAGUAUAGUCACUGGAAGCCGGGAGAGGGACCAUCUCACAAAGCCACGAACGAGAACUGUGCCAUGAUUAACGUGGAUGAUGGGAUGUGGUAUGACUACGAUUGUGGAGCCGUCAUCUAUAACCAGGCUUACAUAUGUCAAUAUAGCCAGUGAUUAGUGUAGAGAUGUGACAUAGUUAUCUCCCUUUGUAAGGUGUAUGCUUUUGACCUUUUGACUUUUUACUACUGAUUUUGUCAACUUGUGUGUUGACGGAUAUAUGCAAUGGUGCAUCUUUUGCACUACCAUUAUAUAUGUGAUCAAUGCCUGUUUUCCCUGAUGUUGAUUUAGAUAAUCGUAAGUGAAGAAAACCCUAUUAGUGUCAUUUUAAACAAAUUGAAUAAUUAUAUUGAUGUUUCAAUAAGUAACAUAUUAUUUUAUUUUAAAGUAGAGAUGGGGAGGAAAUUUAUCACUCCGCGUGGUGAGAGAAUAUAUCAGAUAUACAUCUGCACAGAGGUGGAGGACGAGCUCCACUUUAUGUUAAAAUGCUCUAUCUUAAGAGACAUACGGGUUAAUUUUUUAACCUUCGUUGAAAAUCCUAUUUUGCAAAAUGUAGUCAAUCUGUUUAGCUUAUCUGAUAGUACACUGCUUAAAAAAAGAUGUUUAUAUAAAAAUGUCAAUGGUGUUAUACAAGAGAUACAAGAAACUAAUAUGUCAGAACAUAAAUACAUGCACGAUUGUCUGAUGUCAAAAUGUUGAAACGGUACUGUGGGCUGGAGGCAUUUUUGUGCAAAUAAACCAUUGUUAUUG